CCAACGCAGCUCAGUUUUCUCGUAUGGAUCACGGCGUGACUUCUCGGCUGUCGUUGUCCUUCUUUAUCAUCACUCCUGUCUCCCUGACGCCGUCUGCCGUUUGAGCGGCUCAUACCAUCGUUUUCGCCUCUUCACUUUUUUCGAUCGCUCUUCUUCAGAAUGGCGGCGGAUGGUGUGGAAGAAACAUGGCCGAUCAAGGACAUCGUGUACACCUCCAUCGUAGGCAUAAUUAUGCUUGCUGCCUUCCUCGAAUGGGUCCUCUGGAUAGCCGCCUUCCUCUACUGUUUGUGGAAGGUAUUUGUCAAAGCCGAGCACUGGACCGUUCGGGUCCUGGCAGUCCUUGUUGGAGUCGCUUUUACGCUGCUCAGGUUCAUCUUCCUCCCCAUUAUGGUCGUGACGCUGCCACUUCCGAGCGUCAUCGCCCGCUUCUGGCCCCCAGCCAUGGUCACGUUCCUCCAGUGGUUCGCUUUCUGGAGUUUUGCCGGUCUCCUGACAAUCCCCUGGUUGUUCUGCGUCUACCAGAUCGUCACGCAUCAGCUCGGGAGAACGAAGCGCAUUAAGCAGGUCCUUGACGAGGUAUCCGCUCCCAAGGUCGUUAUCGUGAUGCCUUGCUACAAGGAGGAGCCGGACGUCCUGAUCACCGCCAUCAAUUCCGUUGUCGACUGCGACUAUCCGCCUUCCUGUAUCCACGUCUUCCUCUCCUUUGACGGAGACCAGGUGGACGAGCUGUAUCUCAACACCAUCGAGAAGCUCGGUGUCCCGCUGACGCUCGAGUCGUACCCCAAGAGUAUUGACGUGACGUACAAGGCCGCCCGCAUCACCGUCUCGAGGUUUCCCCAUGGCGGGAAGCGGCAUUGCCAAAAGAUGACCUUCAAGCUCAUCGACAAGGUCUAUGAGAAGUACCUCAAGAGGAAUGACAACCUCUUCAUCCUCUUCAUCGACUCGGACUGCAUCCUCGACAGGGUCUGCCUGCAGAACUUUGUCUACGAUAUGGAGCUGAGCCCGGGCAACCGGCGGGAUAUGCUGGCCAUGACGGGUGUCAUCACAUCAACCACGAGGAAACACAGCCUCAUCACCCUCCUCCAGGAUAUGGAGUACGUCCACGGCCAGCUCUUUGAACGGACGGUCGAGUCCGGCUGCGGCGCCGUCACCUGCCUUCCGGGCGCCCUGACGAUGCUCCGCUUCUCGGCCUUUCGGCGCAUGGCCAAGUAUUACUUUGCCGACAAGACUGAGCAGUGCGAGGACCUCUUCGACUUUGCAAAGAACCACCUGGGCGAGGACCGCUGGCUGACCCAUCUGUUCAUGAUCGGCGCCAAAAAGCGGUAUCAGAUCCAGAUGUGCACGUCCGCCUUUUGCAAGACCGAGGCCGUCCAGACGGUGCGGUCGCUGAUCAAGCAGCGCCGCAGGUGGUUCCUGGGCUUCAUCACCAACGAGGUUUGCAUGUUGACCGAUUGGCGGCUGUGGAGGCGGUAUCCAAUCUUGGUCCUCGUCCGGUUCAUGCAAAACACCAUCCGCACCACCGCCCUGCUCUUCUUCAUCAUGGUUCUGGCGCUGUUGACCACGUCCAAGAAGGUCAACGAGCUACCAGUCGGCUUCAUCGCCAUCUCGCUCGGCCUGAACUGGCUGCUGAUGAUAUACUUUGGCGCCAAGCUCCGCCGUUUCAAGAUCUGGCUCUAUCCCAUGAUGUUCGUCCUCAAUCCCUUCUUCAACUGGUAUUACAUGGUCUAUGGCAUCUUCACGGCCGGCCAGCGCACAUGGGGCGGCCCGCGCGCCGACGCAGCCGCGGCCGAUGCGAACACCACCGCUCAACAGGCCAUCGAAAAAGCCGAGCAGACCGGCGACGACCUCAACAUCGUGCCCGAGUCUUUCAUACCCGCAGCCCAAAAGCGCGCAGAGGCCGAGCUCGCCGCCCAAGGCGCCCAAGGCGCCCACACCGACGGCGACCUAGACGAGGACGAGGAUAAGCAGGAUACCGGGAGGAACAAGCGAAGCAGGAGUACCCGGAGAUCUGGCACCAUCACCGGCAUCGACACCGGCGCCAGCACCGGCGGCGCCCUCCUCCUCCCUCCUGACCAAGUCGACGGCCGCUUUGCGGCGCCCGAGCGCACCGCAUCCGGGUGGUACCACCACCCGGACGACUCCGUCUUCACCCUCGCCACCCCUUCCUUCUUCGAGAGCAGCGCCUCGCCCAUCACGGACACUAACACCAACUACAACCGCUUCAUCUCCCUAAACGAGGCUGAGACCGGCAGGAACUAUUUUAGCAGCAGUAGUAACUACAGAAACAUUCACAACAACGAGGACUCUAGAUAUUCGUUCGACAGUGGUCUCUCGGGACCGCACGGGGACGACGGCAACGGCAACGGCAACGGCAACGGCAACGGCAACGGCAACGGCAGCGGCAAGGAUGUGGCGGUGUACAUGCCCCAAACCGUCGAGAGCAUCAUGGGAGAGGAGGACCGGCGCAAGUACGAGCUCGCGCAGGCGAGUCAGGUCCGGCAGCUUCUCGCCAUGCGCGAGUCGCGCGUAUGGAGGAGACUGUCGCAGCGGCAGCGGCGGCGGCGGCAACAGGAGCGCGGCUACGUGGUCGAGGUGGGGGACGAUGACGGCGGGAACCGGCAGCGGCCGCAGCAGCAGCAACAACAACAGCAACAGCAACAGCAACAACCGCGAGGAGAGGUCAGCUUGCUGGACGGGAGUGUUGCUGCUGAGGGUGGGAGGCGGCCUCUUGUCCCUCAUCCUCCUUCUCCCCACUCUCCUCCGCAGCCGCCUCAGACCGCCGGGGCGAGGUCUGGGAGGAGCCCACUGGGAAGGGCGAGCUGGACGCGACCAACCACGGCAGACGACCUAGAGGCGGCAAUGGGGACAUCUCCGACCCGGGAGCCGGGACCUAAUGGCGGCGCCUCGUCGUCAAGAGACAGAUCUGGGAAGACGGCGAGGUAGCGGUAGUCGUUCAACAGGGGUUUUGGAUACUAGAUUGUCUAUGGGCUGCUCUUUGUUGUUCGUCUCUUCCAAAUGGUUCGGAUGUAC